GAGAGAGAGAGAGAGAGAGAGAGAGAGAGAGAGAGAGAGAGAGAGAGAGAGAGCGCGAAACAGAGAGAGUUACAUGGGAGAGCAAGAGAGACUGCAGCUUGGUUUCUGAUUCGUGCGAACACGCUGCGCAGACAUAACAGAGGAGCGUUACACACUAGCUGAACAGAGAAGACAAGCGGGGAACACCGAGCCGUGACUGCUGGCUCCAACGCCGCGACACCAUCUCAAUGGAGACACCUAGCCUACUUUUUUUUUGUUGAUCCUCCUUACUGGUCCAUAUUUUUUUUUGUGAUCGUAUUCCCAGUGCGCUGUGAUCGUGGAGAGACGGAAGGAAAUUCGGUACGUCCUCAACUCGGGACACCCGCACUGUUUUCAGCACUGCACUGCAUUGCACUGCACUGCACUCAACAACCGCGCCGUUGGGGCGGUUUGAGCCCUAGCCGGGCUUGUGGAGCAGGGGGGAUCCGUGCAGCAGCGCGUGUAGUUGUUGCUGCAGGCCGUGUAGUAGUUGCCCCCCGUCUGGCUCUGAGGCACACCGGAAUGACGUCCGCCGGAGAGCAGGGCGGAUAGACUGGUUUUUCGGUGACGCGGGGAUCAUAAUCUGCCUUGGAGGCUACCUGGACGUGUCCGCCGAAGCAGCGUGAGAGAGAGAGAGAGAGAGAGAGAGAGAGAUAGAGAGAGAAAAAGUGUGUGUGUGUGUGUGUGUGUGUGUGUGUGUGUGUGUGUGUGUGUGUGUGUGUGUGUGUGUGUGUGUGAGUGUGUGAGAGUGUGAGAGUGUGUGACUGUGUGAGAGGGAGAGAGGGGGAGAGAGUGCGAGGGACUCCUACACGUUUCAUCCAACCGCAUUCUCUCGUCUGUUCAACCUCGGUUUUUUUUUUCUGCAAAUGGGUUAGAAUCCCUCUUUUAUUUUCUCCUUUCUUCUUAAAAUCGACCCAAUCCGACGCUAUGAACGGAAGAGGCAGCUGAUCGGGUCUGUACCUUCCGAACGUUUAUUUUUGUUAGAAUGUAGCAACCAUCCAGGGGGUCCGAUCUAUCGUAGGGUUUAUAUAUGUGAUCACCACCUGUCUUUGGAAGUUUGGACUCCUCCACAUCACCAUCGUCACCAGCAGCAUCCUACAUCUGAUCGAGUCGAUUUGCAUUCACGCACUACUCCAACCAUGCCGGCGGGUAUGAAGCCGCUGGAGAAGUUCUUGAAAAAGCAGACCACCGCUCUGACGCGGGCCGGGGGCUUCGGCGGGGCGGACAAGGCCAGCGGUACCGGGGGAUCCCGGAGGAGGGCCAGCCUGUCCCGGGUGGUACCGUUCUUUAGGGAGACUUCACCGGAGAGCGGACAGGCGCGGGAGGUUUUCAGCCCGGACACAGAGGAGCCCCCCUGCUGGCCCCUGGCCACAGGGGCCACCCUUGCUAUGGCCCCUGGCUCCGGAGGGCCCGGGUUCGGUGGUUCCAGCGCUGGUGGAGGUGGAGGUGGAGGCGGGGACGUACGCAGCCCGUCGCUCUCCAGUGACGAGCAGAGCUCCGAGGCCAGCCUGGUCACUGACGCCUCAAGCGGAGGAGGAGGGAGUGGGGGAGGAGGAGGAGUUGGGAGUGGGAGUCCUCUGAGCGCCGAGACCCCCGAUAACCUGACCCUCACCCUGCUGGACAGCGUGGCGGGAAAACGUUACGGGCACUGUACAGAGACCCUGUUGGAUGACUUCAUGUUGACCCAUCCCAUCUUCCUCACAGCCGACCGGCUCCAGCAAGUCCUACUACAGCAAUUCUCCCUGGAGACGGAGGGCAGGAUGGGGGAGGGGGAGGGGUGGCCGGGCGGGCUGGACGGAGGGGAGAGGAAGCGGGCGGUGCUGAGCGUGGCGUUCCGCUACCUGGACACGUACCGUGAGCUGCUGCAGGAGGAGGGGGAACGGAGCAACAGCUUCCCCAAGGACUUGUACAUGUGUGCGGUCCAGGAGCUGGGUCGCUAUCCGGAGCUGGUGGAGGACGUCCUCAAACUGCAGAGGUGGACCGAGAUUCUCCACUCUCCGUCAGAUGAGGAGAAGGAGAGCAGGAAGAAGCAGGUCCGUCCUCUCUUCAGACACUUCAGACGGAUUGAUGCCUGCCUGCAGCCCAGAGAGGCCUUCAGAGGCUCUGACGAGAUCUUCUGCAGGGUGUACACGCCGGACCACUCGUACGUGACCAUCCGUAGCCGUCUGUCCUGCCGGGUUGGGGAGAUCCUGGCGCUGGUCCGGGAAAAGCUGCAGUACAGCGAGGACCAGCCAGCGUUGCCUGGCAACCUGGUCCUGGUGGCUGUCACAUCCGCCGGAGAAAAGGCAGUGUUUCGGCCAAGUGAUGAGGCAGUCUUCACGACGCUGGGUGUGAACACACACCUGUUUGCAUGUGAACCCCCUGAACUGGAGACACUGCUUCCUCUUCCUGAAGAGAUCCACUGGUCGCCAGGCGACAGCAAACUACAUGACAUGUCAGCGGAGGAGGUGGCCAAUCAGCUCGUUGUGUUCGACUGGGAGCUCUUCAGCUGCGUGCACGAGGUGGAGUUUGUCUGCUACGUGUUUCAUGGGGAGCAAGCUCGCUGGCGCCCCCUGAACCUGGAGCUGGUACUGCAGCGAUGCAGCGAGGUGCAGCACUGGGUGGCCACGGAGAUCCUGCAGUGCCAGUCACUGCCCAAGAGAGUACAGCUACUGCGCAAGUUCAUCAAGAUCGCAUCGCUGUGUAAGCAACAGCAGGACCUGCUGUCGUUCCUGGCAGUAGUUCUGGGGCUGGACAACCCAGCAGUCAGCCGGCUACGACUCACCUGGGAGGGACUCCCAGGGAAAUUCCGGAAGCAGUUUCAGCAGUUUGAGGGCACUGCGGACCCCUCCAGGAACCACAAGUCCUACAGAGACCUGAUGGCUGGCCUUAGACCUCCACUUAUCCCCUUCACACCACUGCUCCUGAAAGACCUGACUUUCCUCCACGAGAGCUGCAAGACGUUCCACGGGGAGAUGGUGAACUUCGAGAAGAUGCAUAAAGUAGCGGAGAUGGUGAGGACGAUAAGGCGAUACAGGUGCACUCCGCUAGUCAUGGAAACAGAGCCCUCCCCCUCACACCUCCAGACCAAAGCGUACGUGCGGCAGCUCCAAGUGAUUGACAACCAGAACCUUCUCUUCGACAUGUCCUGCAAGAUGGAGCCCAAAGACACAUAGACCCCGGCACGGGGCUGGAGACGGAGAGGGCCCGACGGCCGGUCGCUCUGGGGAUAUAACCGGCAGAUAAACUCUUUCUCUCUUUGAAAGGAGCCCGCUGCCUGAGAAGAAAUUUGUGAUGAGACGUGUAGGGUGUGGCACAGUGAGCUGGUUGAGCUAAAGAGACGCACACACACACACACACACACAUGAAGGCAGGCACACAGACACACACACACACAUGCUCAAACACACACACACACACACACACACACACACACACACACACACACACACACACACACACACACACACACACACACACACACACACACAAACACACAUAAACGCACAUGCAUAUAGUGGGGGAGAAUCUCAUUAUCUUUCUCCCUUUCUCAAACACACACACACACACACACACGCGCGCACAUGCAUGCACACACGCACACACACACACACACACACACACACACACACACACACACACACACACAUAAACGCACAUGCAUAUAGUGGGGGAGAAUCUCAUUAUCUUUCUCCCUUUCUCAAACACACACACACACACGCGCGCACAUGCAUGCACACACAACCACACACGCACACACACACACACACACACACACACACACACACACACACACACACACACACACACACACACACACACACACACACACACACACACACACACACACACACACACACACUUUUUCUCCACUAUAGUUAGCAGUUGUUCAGUGUCAACACUGCCAGUCCGGUCCCUCUGUUUUUGUUGUUUGGUCUGUCUGCUGGCCAGAAAACCUAACCCCCAAAGACAGAGAGAACCCUGGUUCAAACCCUUGUGGUUGGGCCAGGAUGACACCACCUCCACCGCAAACAUCACCACCACCACCGAAUAACACAGCAGGUGUUGCUCCACUCACUACAAGUGGGCCGGGCAAACUUCUCAAUGGAAUAACAUUGAACCCCUAAAGACAUUCUCCACAGAAACAAGGUUUUCUGUUGGACCUGAACGUCCUCAAAGAAAAAUUCUAAAAGAUGGAAUUGGAUUAUCUGGAUUAUCCUGGAACCUCAGUCAGGAGGAUGGACUAUACUGCUGAUUAAACUCGGUUCACAACGGUCACUCUUUCACGCAAAGGAGCCGAAGAACAUUCUGGAACACCAGACGUCUCCGUCUUUGCGUUUUAUGCGGGAUACUCCACAAACACAGUCAGAGCUGGGGGAGCCGGACAGCAGUGGAAUUGUUUGCUCUGUCGUGUUUGAAAGGAGAAAGUUAACCAAGAGAGGACAGAACACUCAGAGCUUGCGCAAGAGUCAGACUACUAUGUCCUCUUCCUGUUUUGUGUGUCAAACACGAUCCCCUCCGCUCUUGACCUAUCAGACCACAGACAAUCUGAAAGGCCGCCUAAUGAACAUCAACCUCUUAUAGGGCUUGUUGGUUUCCGCUUCAACUGUUGCUCAUAGCAUUUCUACACUCAAUCUCAAUCGACAUAUUGCACUGAAGUGAGUAUAAACAAUGGGCAGUUAUUUGAUGAAUUGGAUGUUCUUGUGAAGAAUCUCAUCUGCCUAGAAAUGUAUUGUAUGAGACAUCAAAUUGAAUUUAUGGUUUGUCUAACUUAACCAACUGGCAGGUUUCCUAAAAUGUACCGGCGAAAGGAUAUAUUUGACUUGAAAGCAACUGACUAAACACCCCUUGCCAUUCAAAAACAGAGACAUAGAUACAUAGAACAUACGUCAUAUCCUUGGAAAUGACACUCAGUGGUUAUGAAAGAGUACACUAUGUGGUCUUUAAAUCUGCAUGUACAAGAAUGACGAUGAUAGACUGUAAACACUCAAGACAUCGGACCAUCAUGCACCUUGCUGCUAACUCUGUGCCGCCACAGGCUACAUCGUAGUGGCAAUGGAAGGAUUUAACAAUGGACAGCAUGAGGAAUGGAUCCAAAAUGGCGGUGGAUCCGCGGCAGAUGUUAUAUUCCUUCAGUUAACUAAUGGAAAGAAAACUACCGUCACCUUGGAUUGGCCUACUCUAUGAACUCAACAUAUGUUGCGUGAUGAUGCGUGGACAUUAUGAUACUCUCAGCAUUUCAUUGGUUGGUUGGAUGAAAGUGUGUACAUUAAAUUAUUAGCAGCUUUCGCAGCGUCCUGUUACCCCGUGUGUGAUACGAGGAAGCAGGACAUUGCUAGACCUAACCAAAGUAUAUUUUAAUGAGACAGCGGUUUCUAUUGUUAUAAGCUAAUUCUCUUCUUCAUUGAGCAGCAGCUACUGUCCUGGCUAAGGCCAAGGUUGUAUAUUGUAUUGUAACAGUAUAUUCUGGAAGGUUCCUCUGCCGGAUUAUAUUGGAAAGUACACUGAGAAAAGCACGCUAUUUUUCCACAAUCUAAGAUUAGAUAUUUAGGGUUUGGUUCACUGUGUGAUUCAAAUAACUACUUAUCUUUUCAAGAAGAAUAGUGAUUUUUCUUCAGUUUAGCCUGUCUGAAAACAGCUGCUGUCAUCACAGAAUCUGGCUUGCUUUUGGUAAUUUGAAAAAAUCAGUUGUUGAGAAGAUGGAUUCCAAAGUGACGGCCCAUGUGGUCCUGCCACUGCAGGAAGGGUUCAGGAGGCCGUGUGUGUGGCUGGACGCGAGGCGAACAUGUGUCUGUGUGGCUGGCCAACGUAUUUGCAUCAACUAAGCACUUUUUGCCUCACCUCAGGGCUUCGCUUACAUUGGGGGUGCAAAAGAGAGAUAUGUUUUGUUUACUAUAUUAAUAAUCAUUAUUAUAAUAUAUUAGAUUUUCAAUAGUGUUUUGUUCGAGUUGUGUUUCGAUGGAUUGGUACUGUGUGUGUACAGUUGAUCACAGUUCAGUCUUAACUGUUUCUUAUAGUUAUUAUAGUUAUAAUACGGCUACUUCUUACUAUACGCUGCGGCUGCAACCAGGUCUAGAGUCCAGCUUUUUUAUUAUUAUUAAUAUUAUUGCUUUGUUUCGUUUUGUUUUACAGUUUGCUCUCGCUUGUGCGAGCGACAUCCAGAUCUUGAUGUGAAAUCGUUGCUCCUUUUGUGAUGUCACAAAUGAGAUAGUUAUAUUGUUUCUAAUUGAUCUGCUUCCAUUUUAGAAUAGCUAGAAUCACCUGACUACCACCACUCGGAACUUCACCACAUCCGUCUCCUCUCUGUAGAAUUUUUUAAAUACUCAUCUUGUCACUCACCAACCUAAUAUCUAACAGUAAGGCUUUAACUCAAAUUCAACUUUGGAAUUCAGCAAAAGUUGGAACAUUUUCACCCGCAACUGAAAUAAUAUAUUUUUUGAUAUUGGGGCUAAGUAUUAAUACCAAGAGUUUGAGUAAAGGUGGGACGGAUGUCAUCAUGUGUCCAAUAGCAUAAUUUUUGCUUUACAUGAAUUGAACUGAUCGCUGACCACAGACAAACCCUUAAACCAAAGCCACAUUCUCACAAACCUUUGAUGACUAGAUUUGACUUUACCUCGUUUUACAGUCAGAAUGCCUGGGGUAACCUAUCUUAAAAUGUUUUUUUCCCCCUAAAAUAUGUGAUGAAAUCAAAUAUUAUUUCACAUCUCACCUCGUGCAGCUUCACCCUUUUGAUACAAUUGGCAACAAAUGAGUUGCUUGUUUCGUCAGAAUGAAAUGUUUAACUUCAUAUACAUUGGAGAAAAGUUGACAUAAAGAAAAUAGCCAUUACCUCCAGUACCACCUCUUUUUCUAUUUCGCAGAAGACAAAAUAAAUCAUGAGAGCGAUGGAGCCUAGAUUUCAUUAAUACGGGUCGUUGGGCUCCAGAGGCAGUGUGGAAUCCCUGUAGAAGGUGACAUCAUCAAUAUAUUGCCUGUGGCUUUCUCAGGACCACUUCCUAGGUGGCGGUGGCCCCUUGGGUUGGGCUGUCCGUUGUGUUGCCUGUGUGAAAAUGCAGAACCCCUCCCCCCUUGUACAUACUGCUAUGCUGUAAAUAAGCAAAUAAUAUGGAGACUCUAUUUUAUGUAUGAGCUACAGGACGGCAAAGUCAUCUCACAGAGAACUAUUUGACUAGUUGUUUUUUUGUUUGUGUGUCUGUUUUUGUUCUAUUUUUUGUGUAAAGAUGAGAAGAAUGAGGUAUUGUACAGCGAUGCUAACCUUCGAGUUUAAAGAGAAUGUGUUUUUCCCACCUGUUUCGUUUGACAUUUGAAAUUAUUAUGAGUUCAUGAAUUGUACAGUUUGGAUCUCUUUGUUAUUUUUUAUUUUGUUUUCUAUCAACAGCUUGGGGAUGUAUUUUUUGGUUUGUUUGCUUAUUUUUGUACAGAAGUGGUUGUUUACAUUGAUAUGUCCUCGUUACCGUGGAAACGUGAGGGGUGAUGCACGCUGAGCUGUCAUUGGACCAGAGGGCAGACGAGGAGAGGUUUUUCUGGGGGGAGAGGGGGGAACGGCACCCAAUGUAUAACACAAUAUUGUUAUGUAUGCUGUUAAUUUAUUGUCAUGUUGCGAUGAGAAAAUUAAGCCAUAAAGAUUAUCACAAUAUGAGAUUUGAAAUAUUUUUUCUAAAAUGAUUUAUAUGCAUAAUUUCCUUGACAUUUUUUUGGAACUAAUUAGGAAACAUGGGAUUUGUAAUAUUGUGCCAAAUUGAAUGUGUUUAUCAAGAUUACUAUUUCUUUCAUAUCGCCCCAACAUUGGUACCACCCCCCCCCAACCCCCCCAAAGAAUAAAAAGCCUGGGCUGUAUUUAUAUAUUUUUUUUAAAUUAAGCAAUGGUCAAUUAAGCAAACCGUAUAUCGAUACUAUCGCUGACAGGAGUUAUUGCCGAAAGGUAAAAUCGGCCUAAUAUCAGAAAUAUAAUAACAAUAACUCACUCUGUUCUUCCCCAGUUGUCUACACACCCAAAAUAUUUUACAUUUGAAUUGUAAUGGUUAGGUCAACAACCCAUACACAGAAUAUUGAGGUUGUAUUUUUAAUGCAGUAUCCCAAGCUGUCAAGCGGGUGGACGGGUUCUAGUCUGCUGCGGCAGUGGAAAACUGGCCGACAGCCGAGUCCCAUGACAGUCUCCUGUCAUUGGGGUACUGACAUGUGAGAAAACCUAUAAAAAAUGCAAGGAUCAGCUGAAUUUGAACGUUUUGAAACUUAAGAAAGUAAAAUCAACCAGUGAAAGUAACGAGAUCAUCAGGGAUUGGCUUGAGAAGUUUUGAUGCCCCCUCUCCUGACCUCUGACCCCUCUCACACACCACAGGACACAAGCUCAAUAAAAACCGUCUGACCACAA